AUGUUCGACGACGACGAGCUGUACGCGCUGUUGCUCUCCCUCCUCGCCGGCCUCGCGACGACCGUCGGCGGCCUCAUCGCGAUUUUACAGAAACCGGACAACAAGCUCCUAGCGUUCUUGCUCGGGAUCGCGUGCGGGGUGAUGUUUACCCUGAGCGUCGUCGAGCUCUUCAUCAAGAACGGGAUAGAGAACGGAUUCGGCUGGGCUGAGGUUUUGGAAUCGAAAUUCACGGGAAAGGACGACGGGAUGAAGCUCUCGAAAGCGCGCCUGAUGCGCCUCGGGCUGCUGAUGGCGAUCACGAUGACGCUGCACAACCUUCCGGAAGGAUUCGCCGUCGCGUUCUCGUCGUUCACGUCCAUAGGCCCGGUCAUGGCCGCGGCCAUCGGCGUGCACAACGUCCCGGAGGGAAUCAUCGUCGCCGCGCCCGUGUACGCGGCGACCGGGAGCCGAAGGCAAGCGCUCAUGAUGGCGACCGCGUCUGGUCUGUCCGAGCCCGCGGGGGCGCUCUUAGCGCUCUACUUCAUCAAGCCGUACCUCACGCCGAUGAUUCUGCAUUGCAUUCUCGCCGGAACGGGCGGGAUGAUGAGCGCGGUGUGCGUCAUCGAGUUGUAUCCCGAGGGGAAGAAGUGCAAGCACGACGGGCAGCUGUGGCGGGGGAUCGCCUUCGGGACGAUGUUGAUGGCGGGGACGUUAUACGUUGGCGUCUGA